UUGCGCCUGGCUCCAACGAAGUGGUCUAUUUAUCAAACAUGUCCGUCACCUCAAUAGAAGAAGAAUUCCAGUCUGUUCUUUUACGAGAUUGGCGCUCACACGAAUCUUUAACUAUGUUCAGACGGCCGCUUCCCAGAAGAUGUACAGCUGUCAGACGAUCCCGAAAUUUUACACCUACAAACUAG